CAAGCUUUGAUCGGAUCAUCUAUUUUCCCUAAACCCUGUCAAAUAUUAUUCAUCCCCUCUCCAAAUAUCCCACCUUAUCGGUCCUCGAAGAUCAUAUACCCUCCUCAAUCAUGUCGACAUUCAAGCCAUACACAUAUUUUCAAUGUCCUUGUUCCGAUACUUCCAUCCUUGCAAACUCAUCUACCCCGGGUCUCCAAGUCUUGAAGAAGAACGGACAUUUGAUCCAAGAGCUCCACGCGCGAACUAUAGCUUAUAUCCACUAGAACAUCUUCUGUAUUGUGAGGAUUGCCAUCAAAUUCGAUGUUCGAGAUGUGUUUUAGAUGAGAUAGUUACGUGGUAUUGCCCGAGCUGUUUAUUUGAGGUACCGAGUAGCACAGUGAAGAGUGAGGGUAAUAGGUAUACAUGGUCCCUACUGUUUUUAUUUCCUUGUCGAUUUCCUGAGAUAGGCCUAGAUGCUAAUAUUGUACCACAAACUACCAGAUGUACAAGAUCAUGUUUUCAGUGUCCAAUAUGUUUAUCACCUCUCUCAGUAAACGAAGCGCCAGUUGGCGAACAAUACAGUGUUCCUAUACCAUCUCCGACAGCACCGUAUAUCCUCCAUUGCGCAUACUGCAUGUGGAGCUCGACCGAAAUUGGCAUACGAUUUGAGAAACCAAAUUCCGUAUACUCACAAUUAUCCAAGGUAAAGAAUGGUGGUGAUUCAUUGAUAAGUGCAAAAGAACGUCGUCGAGACAGAGAGGAAAGGCGGACAUCUUUGGCUACAGAAACGAUCCUGGAGGAAGCGGACGAGGUCACUGAAAAGCAUUUCGACCCGAACGAGAAACUCGACAUAGAAGGUCAAUAUGCGAACCUAAGGUCUUUCUACCACGGUCAAUUGGCAGAUUCAAAUCCAAGUAGUGCGCUAGGGUUUUCGAAUGAUUAUGGAUACGGAUCACCGGGCGCGUUAACCAGAAUAAUGGGUCUCUACACAGGUGGAAGUGUGGGCGACAGAAAAGCAAGAUCAAAAGCUGCGAGCAUACGAGAAGCAAUUGAUUCAUCUGAAGGCCUUCAAGUCUACGAUUACGAAGCCGAAUCCAUGGCCGUGUCACAACUUCUCAAGGAAGGUUGGGAAGGUACAAUUACCACUGAGCAGAGAACAAGCCAAACAUCCCCUUCAACGCGGUUCCUCGAUUCGCUCCGUCCGAUUCCCUGCCUCCUCCGCACCAAACGCUCCAAACGUUGCCGCACCUGCCGUCACAUCCUCUCCAAACCCGAAUCGAAAGUCCCAACCACACGCUUCCGCAUUCGCCUCGUAGCCCUGUCCUAUGUCCCCUCCAUAAGCCUCUCGCCUCUCCAACCCCCUCCCGCCCCUACUCCCGCUCCCGCUCCCGCUUCCAUAAUCCUCACGCCCCUUAGACCAACCCAAUUUCUCCUAACCUUCAAAAACCCCCUCUUCGAACCCAUCAAAAUAUCCCUCGCAACAAAAGGCCUCACCACUGACCGCCACGCCUCGAAAGUGAUCCUUCUCUGUCCCCAAUUCGACGUCGGAGCCAACACAGACAUGUGGGACGAAGCUCUCCAAGAUUCCUCUUCAUUGAACCAUGACCGCAAACAUUCAACCGCAACCCACAGCAGCAUGCAAAGCCUCGACCUCACUAACGAAGCGCACGGUAAACCCUGGGACAAAGGCCGCAAUUGGACAAGCGUAGUCGUCGAAGUUACGCCGGGAAAGCUCAAAACAAAAUUAUCCGGUUUAGAACAGCAGAGGAGAUUAGAAGAAGAGGUGCAAAAGGAAAGAGUAGAAGAAGAUGCAGAUGUGUGUGAGAUUGCCCUGUUUGUGAGAGUAGAGUGGGAAGCAGAUACAGCGGGUGAUGGAGACGGAACGGGGAAAUUGGGGGGGAUGGGCGAUAGGGACGCGAGGGAAAAGAGGGAGUUGGCCUAUUGGUGUGUGGUGGGUGUGGGGAGAAUCGGUAAAUAGAUGGAGCGGGACCGUAUAUGCUAAGAGAGAGAAAGAGAACUAGAGAGCAAAAUCGCUCUUUUUGUAUGAAAUCUUUUGUAUGAAUGAGCAUACCAGUAUCGAUAUUUCAACAUCAAAAUACUCCAACAAAAUGAUCCCAGACUCGGGAAGCAUCAAUAACAGGAAAUAACCAGGUAUAGAUGGAUACCCAGUACAUCUCUCUCUCUCUCUUCUCCUAACUCGCUAAGACAGGGAUAAAUGAAUAGAGGGAAUCCGUAACCCAUAAUGGAAUAAUACGAUGGAUGAAAGAUACUGCUAUGCUGCAGCGCAUGGAUAUGGAAUGAGCUUGCUUGCUUGCUUGCUUGCAGGUGCUUAAACAUCAAGAGGGGUAGAGAUGGAGGUGGAAGGAAGGGAGAGGAGACUAUGA